AAGCGCGUACUAGUUGACCCGGAAGUAGCUUGAUCCACACGAGUAUUGACUGCAGAUCGUUGCGGAUACGAAGGCACUCGGUGGAAACGAGCGGCACACGAUCUAAAGAGACUGUUUUCAUAAAUCAGCGACCAUGAGUCUCUUAACAAAGCCUAAGUCAGAGAUGACCCCUGAAGAGCUCCAGAAACGAGAGGAAGAGGAGUUCAACACCGGCCCUCUGUCGGUGCUCACACAGUCAGUCAAGAACAACACUCAGGUUCUCAUUAACUGUCGCAACAACAAGAAGCUGCUCGGAAGAGUCAAGGCUUUUGACAGGCACUGCAACAUGGUCUUGGAGAAUGUGAAGGAGAUGUGGACGGAAGUUCCCAAGAGCGGAAAGGGAAAGAAAAAGUCUAAGCCAGUGAAUAAGGACCGCUACAUUUCUAAAAUGUUUCUGAGGGGAGACUCUGUCAUCAUCGUGCUGAGAAAUCCUCUGAUCACAGGAAAAUGAACUCUUUAUAGGCGUCUAGCUGAAUAGGUCGGAUAGCCCCUUUUCUUAUCCUCUUGUUUUCUUUUUGUUGAAUGAUUUGAAGGUGGACUGUCAUUAAUCUACACCUCUUUGUUUUGUUGCCGUUUUGUCGUUGGAUCACUGCAGUCACUAUUCUAUUGUAACAUACAUAGUGUCGAAAGGAUGUCUGUACUUUUUGGAGAGUUUUGCGUUAACAGAAGUCCUCUGUAUUUUUCAUUUUAAUAAUAAAAGUGAUGAAUAGAUUCAA